AUGAGCGGAAAUGGGGGGAAACUGGCAAGGUACUUUAUGAAGCAGUCUAAAGUGCAACGAAGUAUAGCGGAUAUAACUAUAAGAGGAUUACAGAAGACGAUUACAGAAGGUGAAUGUACAUGUAUACACAUGAGGUAUGUGUUCUUCACUAAAGAGUUUAGCACAUUUGAACGCAUUAGUAACAUACAGCCUCAUUCAAACCAGUGUAAGAGGCUGGUAGGGUCUCCUGGUGAGGUAGGUCAACCCGGGACAAAGGGAGAACGGGGGUCAGAUGGACUGGUUGGUGAGCCAGGCACUAAAGGGGAUCAUGGACUGAAGGGAGAGCAAGGAGUCGGUCAACCUGGGAAACAAGGACCUCAAGGUCUGCCUGGGAUGAAUGGUCUGAAGGGGGAGAGAGGUGAACCUGGACCAGCUGGACAGAGUGGGGAAGCAGGUGAAUGUAGUACGCGACGGCCCGCCUUCACUGCAGUUAGGAAUACCGCUUAUAGCCCUCCAUCCAGUUACAAACCUUUGCUCUUUGACGAGUUACUGUUUUCAGAGGAAGGUACUGAUUUCAACUUGAGUAAUGGCAUGUUUACGUGUACUGUGCCGGGUACAUACGUUUUCAUGUUUUCAGCCCAGAAAACACAUAACACGUCUGAACUUUACGUUAGGCUGAUGAAGAAAGGUUUGAACGUUGUGAUAGGGCUUGUAAACGCUGCAGGUUAUCAUCAAGUGAGCGGCAGUGCAGUUAUUCCCCUUCAGUAUGGAGAUCAAGUUCACGUAGCUUUACAGGGUUCCGUUUAUAGUACGCACAACCAUUACACGUCGUUCACUGGAUUUAUGUUGAUGAAGUUCACCAUAACAGUGGCCCUCGUUGUGGCCUUUAUGCGAGUUCAGUUCAUGGUGGCAACAGUUGCAGUUUCACCUGAUCCGGGAAUGACGUGUAACUCCUGCUGCCAGGGCCCAGCCGGUAUACCGGGAAUCCCUGGAUCUAAUGGGAACCAUGGUCAAGGGAUUGUAGGCCCGAGAGGUGAUGCAGGCUCCCCUGGUGAGGUAGGUCAACCCGGGGCUAAAGGAGACAAGGGGUCAGAUGGACUGGGUGGUGAACCAGGCGCUAAAGGGGAUCAUGGAGUGAAAGGAGAGCAAGGAGUCGGUCAACCAGGAAAACAAGGACCUCAAGGUCUGCCUGGGAUGAAUGGUUUAAAGGGGGAGAGAGGUGAACCUGGACCAGCUGGACAGACCGGUGAAGCAUGUGAAUGUAGAACGCGACGGUCCGCCUUCACUGCAGUGAGGAUUACCAACUUCAGCCCUCCAUCCAUCUACGCUCCUCUACCCUUUGAAGAGUUGUUGUUUUCAGAGGAAGGGACUAUUUUCAACUCGAUUAAUGGAACAUUUACUUGUACAGUCCCCGGGAUAUACUUCUUUAUGUUCUCAGUCUUGAAAACAUCAAGUGGGUCUCAUCUAUAUAUUCAGCUAAGGAAGAACAAUAACCUCAUCGUUACAGGCCAUGUUAAUGCUCCAACUCCAAACCAAGCAAGCAGCUGCGCAGUUUUCCCCCUGCAGUUUGGAGAUCAAGUUCACUUAGCUGUACGAGGUCAAGUGCAUGGCACUUACCAUUUCUCGUCCUUUACUGGAUUCCUGUUGUACGAAAUAUAA